GGAAUGUCAAAAUGAUACUAACGUAAUCGAAUUAAUUUGUAUCAUAAAACUUUUCUUAUCGAAUAAUCAUGACUAAAUGAUUAUAUUCUAAAUAUUUAAAACGAAAAGUAUCAUCAACAUGUGGCAGUUAUUGCACAUGAAUUCCUGCCAACUUAUGCGACAAAGGUUACUUCCAGUUAAAAAUAAUAGUUACUUUGUAAAUUUUGCAAAAAACAAACCAUCGGACGCUGUGAAACGUUACAUAUCGAAUGUUAAAUCUUCAGCAGAGAAAGAUGUGAAAGGAGGCGUUUUGUUACUCUGUAGCCCAUGGAAGCUAGGCGCUGGCGUCAGUUUAGGGUUAGCUGCGCGAUUACUUUACAGUAGUGGUAUUGUACAUUGUAAAGCGACCCUCUCUCGGGUUAUUCAACGAAGGCCGAAUGUUAAUGAUGAUAGUGCCAAGUUUGACUGGAAAAGGUUUUGGGCGUAUCUUCUGCCACAUAAGUGGUUAUUGGCAGCAGCUGUUGCUUCGGCCCUCACUGUAGCGUUCCUAAAUGUAUACAUUCCAGCAAUGUUGGGUGUGAUUGUGAAUGUACUAGCGGGUAUGAGAACCAAUCCCACUGCAGAUUUUAUUGAAGAAAUAAAGAUGCCUGCUUUAAAAAUGGUAUCAUUGUACAUUGGACAGGCAAUAUUUACAUUUUACUAUAUUCAUCUAUUAGCUCAAGUUGGUGAAAGGGUAGCAGCUCAAAUGAAGCAAGAUCUGUUUAUAUCGAUUCUGCAGCAAGAUAUGGCAUUCUUUGACCAAGAGAGAACUGGUGAACUCGUCAACAGAAUAACUGUAGAUGUACAGGACUUUAAGAGCUCAUUUAAACAAACAAUCUCAGGUGGUUUGAGAGCUAUUACCCAAGUGGUUGGCUCAGCAGUUAGUUUGUUAGUGAUCUCACCACAUUUGACAGGACUGACAUUGUUGUGCGUACCAUCGGUAGUGGUAGGAGGAACAUUUAUUGGUUCCUUACUGAGGAAACUUUCCAGAGAAGCACAAGCUCAGAUUGAAAAAGCAACUCUUGUAGCAGAAGAAGCCAUAGCCAACAUGAGGACUGUUCGUGCGUUUGCUGGGGAGGAGAACGAAGCUAAAUACUUUGCUCAGGAAUGCAAUACAGCAGCUGAUCUAAGUAUGGAGCUUGGACUUGGCGUGGGUUUGUUCCAAGCUGGGACCAACUUAUUUUUAAAUGGCAUGGUGCUGGCGACCAUGUUCCUCGGCGGCCACCUCAUGUCGACUGGUCAGAUGUCAGCCGGUGACGUCAUGGCGUUCUUGGUCAACGCUCAAACAGUCCAGCGGUCGGUUGCCCAACUGUCGCUGUUGUUCGGAUCGGUUGUUAAAGGUCUCAGCGCUGGAGGAAGGGUUUUCGAGUACAUAAACAAGGAACCCGUUAUGGAUACGUCCGGCACUAAGACAAUUAAAUACCACGAAUUCCACGGCGAUAUUGAAUUUAAAAAUGUAACUUUUGCGUACCCAACGCGACCUGAAGCGGUUGUCCUGAAUAAUUUCAACUUGAAGAUACCGGCGGGUAAAACUGUGGCUAUUGUUGGUACAUCUGGUAAUGGGAAAUCAACCAUCGCCACUUUACUUGAAAGAUUCUAUGACGUAAACUCCGGCUCAGUAACGAUAGAUGACAUCGAUAUUCGAGAAUUUGACUGUCUUUGGCUUCGGGGCAGAGCCCUGGGACUGAUCAGUCAAGAACCCGUUUUAUUUGCGACCACUGUUAAGGAGAAUAUCAGAUAUGGACGCCCAGAAGCUAGUGAUGCUGAGGUUUACCAAGCAGCAAAAACCGCGAAUGCUGACGAUUUCAUCCGUGGUUUCCCUGACGGGUACAACACUAUGGUAGGAGAACGUGGCAUGUCCUUGAGUGGGGGACAGAAACAGAGAAUCGCCAUAGCAAGAGCAGUCCUUAAGAAUCCACCCGUUAUGAUUUUGGAUGAAGCAACUAGUGCCUUAGAUUCUGCCAGUGAGAGAGUGGUUCAAACUGCGUUAGAAACUGCAUCGAAAGGUCGAACAGUAUUGGUGAUAGCACACAGAUUAUCUACAAUCAUGAACGCUGACCUUAUCGUCGUAUUGAGUAAGGGGAAAAUAAUAGAGAUGGGCACGCAUGACCAAUUGAAGAAAUUAAAGGGUCACUACUGGAACCUCAUCAAGCAACAGGAUCAAAAUUCUGAUAACCCGACCAAAACAUUAUGAAGAUGAAACACAGAAU